AUGUCGCCUCAAGUUCCAGCCUUACCUCCAAGACAAUUAGUCAAAGUCAAUUCAAGUAGUUCAUUCUUUUCACCAUUAGCCUUGUUCUAUCACUUGGAAACUCAUCAAAGCGACCAUCGACACGUAUUUAAGAGUAUUUCAGACAAAGAAAACAAAGACACCUUUGCUUGCUCUACGUGUCACAUCUGGCUUCUUGUCACUUCUUCUUCUUCUAAUCAAAAUAAUACAUGUAACAAUCCCGACUAUCCUUGCCAUCACUACCAUGCUACGGCUGUGGCAUAUGAAUGCUGUGGCUGUCAGUAUCAGCUUCAGGUUCAAUAUCAAGCACCCAUCAUACCGCUAAGUUUAAUUAAGCAACUGGAAACAACUCGGCCCAAAGGAAAGUCAUUUGCUCAAACAAUGCAGCAACCAGAGCAAAGUCCAACAAUGUCGACCACUUUUACAACCAUCUUGAUCUAUGUCCACGACCUUUUGAAUGGAAUCAAAAAAAAUAUCAAUACGAACAAUCCCCACUUCUUGUCAAGGAUUGGCAAUACAAAGGAGAGCUUGGACCUUUUAUAUGCCAUUGGAUUCAAGUUGGAAAACGAGUAUUUGGUUCCACCAGACAUUGAACCAGGCACAGCAUCAGAAGCACGACUUAAGCAGAUCAGAGAGGAAAUUUUGUUGACCAUAGAUACUUUACGAUCUGAACUUGGAGAAGCAGCAGUUCCUUCAGGCUAUGCAGAAAAGGAUGUUAAAGUAAUACCUGCUAAUGUAGAUACACUGUUUGGCAUCAUACCCGCCUUGGAACAAUCCAAUGUAUCCACAAACGAAUACCUUGCCGAAGCAUAUCAUUACUUUGGAUUAGUUUAUGGUGCUAGCGAUCAACUUGUCUCAUGGAUCUAUAAAAAAUUGAUAAAUGAAGUUCAACUGGAUAUUCACAAGGCUAUCGAUCACCUUACAAGGAUCGCCAAUGUGACAAAAUCAGAACUAUUAGAGACACUAGUAGUUUGCGAAAAGAGUACAGGGAAUAUAGGAUACAAUGAUAUUGGUGAUGCGUAUGCCUAUUUCAACAUUUCGCCAGACUCUAAUGUGGAUGAUAAGUUACUGAUUGGCCUUUAUCAAGUAAAGAUAUCUGACGAACCAGAAGAAAGAAACAUACAUCAAGAUAAAUUGAGAAUGAUUGCUAUAGCAAAGAACAGUACUGAACUUGUUGAGUUUUUGAAGACUGAGAAAGGAAUUACAUCAUCAACAAGUAUAGAAUCCAUUCAACAGAUAAUGGGAGUACCAUCCCAUAUGCUUACAGCUCCUACAUCGCCAGUUCCCGUUGGAUUGAAUAAUAUAGGAAAUACAUGUUACUUUAACAGUCUAUUACAGUACUACUUUACACUAUUACCCUUUCGACAAACCAUGAUGAAUAAUGAAAUGUAUAUCGAAGAUGAAAAUAGCGAGCCAAAAAAGAUUGGUGGUAUUGAAGUAGACCAGUCGGAAAUUAAGCGUGCGAAAAGAUUUGUGGAACUGCUAAAGACAUUAUUCGUAAACCUUCAGUAUACAUCAGAAAGGGCUAUUUCACCUGAAUAUGAUUUAGCCUAUAUGGCUUUAUUAAAUGAAAGAGAUCAGCAAGGAGACGACACUAGUAGUACUGAUACUGAUAAAGAAGCAAUAGCAAAGGACACAGAAGAAGUUGAAUACGAAGCAACGGAUAAUGCAUCAUUAUCCAGUACACCAGCUGAUGCACCCCCUUCUUAUGAAGAAGUUGUAAAUAAGACAGAUGUGAUCAUGGAAGAAAAGACACCGACAAAGCCAAAAGAACGGCCAAGCGUAGAUGCUAUGAUGUUUGGCAAGCAGCAAGAUGUGACAGAAUGUAUGGGGAAUGUGAUGUACUUGGUAGAAGCAGCUUUAAAGCCUAUAUCCAAAACAGAAGAUGGAGAACAGGUUGAUGAUAUGAUUCGCCAACUGUUUUAUGGAAAGGCGAGACAGAUCAUUUCUUACUGUGAUGAUGCAACACUAAAGGUUAUCAAGAAAGAAAUGGAAGAAGACUUUUCUCAUGUGAUUGUUGAUGCGUCAGAAGGAAAAGAUCUGUAUGAUGGAUUAGACGAAUACUUUUUUGAAAACCAGCUAGAGAGCUUUCAAGGUGGCCAUGAAGCAACACGUCAAGUGUCUGUAAAAUCGUUCCCUCCUGUGCUUCAGAUUCUAGUUCAGCGUGUACAAUUUGAUCGAGCAACAGCCAAUGUUUACAAGUCGAAUGCCUACAUCCAAUUUGAUAAGACUAUAUAUCUUGAUCGCUAUAUGGAUGACAAUUUUGAAAGAUUAAAGGACAAGAGAACUGAGGUUGCCAAGUGGAGAAGGGAAUAUGAAGUAUAUAAGCAACAGAUUGGCAAAUAUAAAAAGUUCAAGACCUGCCAACUUCCUGUGCCUGACUUAUUAGAGGCUACCUAUAAGAUUUUGGAAGAGUUUAAAUCGGAAUGGUCAACAGAAGAACGAGGCAAGUAUGAGAUAGCCUUGCAAUUACUAGAAAAAGAAGCCAAAGAGACGAAAAAGAUUAUUGAAGAAGGAACAGAAAGGAUGAGGUCUAUAAAGUCAGAUAUUCGAAAUCAAUAUCAAGAUUAUAAGCAAAUGGAAUAUAAACUUCAUGCUGUAUUUAUACAUCAAGGUCAAGCGAAUUAUGGUCAUUACUGGAUUUAUAUACUAGAUCAUCAACAAAACCAAUGGUGGAAAUACAAUGAUUCACUAGUAACAAAGGUCAAAGAAAGUGAAAUAUUUCAUGAUACAACAGGGUCAACGGCGAACCCAUAUUUCUUAGUAUACAUAGAUUCAAGCAAAAUAGAUGAACUGGUGGAGACAAUAGUCAAGAAAGCCUAA